GAUCUAAAAUUUUACAGCCAAUUUGAGUUGUUUUGUCAGAUAAUGGAAAUGAGAAAUAAUAAUCAAGAAGAACGAAUAACUUUCCGUAACCUAUACGGAGUAGAAAACCCUCGAGACCCAAAAUUCGAACAACUCGACCCAAUCUUCGAACAAAACCUCCAAAAAUUCUCCUCUAACACCCAAUCCCGCCGCAGGGCGUUCCACUACCAUGACGAAAGUGAAAUCAUAAACCACGACGAUAUCGAUCUUGGCCCCAAAGAAGCUUGCUUCCAGUCAGGCCUAAUAAGAGCCCUGCCUGGGCGGGAGAAGAAACUGAACCUGAUGCCAAGGGAGAAGAACAAACUGAAGAAAUAAGAAGCUGCAGAUGAGGUUUUACCAGCCGGAGUUUGAGUCAGAGGAUAGUGACGAGGUUUUGGUUGAUUCAGCAAGGAUAAGUACUUCUGUGAGAGGUAAUCGAUGUGGGGUUAGGGAGGGAGUGGAUGGGGCUGAAGAGAGGCUUGGGGUAGAUUUGGGUUAGGAAAUGAGGUUUUGUGUUGAAAG